CCAAGUAUUAUCAUUCAAAACAAAAACACUCAAAAGUUCAUAACUGUUUAUAAGUAAAUAAAAAUGAAGUCGACCGUCGUGAUUUUUCUCAUGUACCUUCUCCUUGCUGUGCCUCGCUUUGUCGCUAUAGGAUCGGAAAAUACGGAUUCGGAGGUGUACGAGAUCGAUUACAGGGGGCCAGAGACACAUAACUCUAGACCUUCGCCGGAAACUUCGCACCGCAAGCCACCUUUCAUCCACCAUAAAACCUCCACCGUUGGAUCGGCCAGUGCUCAUGUUGGAGGGCAGAACUAGAGAGAUACUUUUUCCUAAGGAGGGAGGAGAGAGUCUCCGAAGCUUCAAGUUCAAGGAGAAGUAUAUAUACUAUGAGUCUGUGAUAAGGUUAAUGAUGCGGGUACACAAUUAUUGAUAAUAUUAAUACAUAUUUAUCAAAUGAUCUCCGAGUCAUAUCAUGUCCAGUAUUUUUCUUUCCUCUUUUUUUUUUUUUUUUCAUGUACCGUUCGUCACGUAUUUUAUAAUUUUCAGUCUGAAUCUCUUGGAAGAAAAUUCAAAUUAAAUCCUGUAAAUGCGUCAGUGUCGCCAUGCAUAUGAAUAUCACUGUCAUUCUCAUAUCUUUGGAUCA